AUCCUAAACAAACACAACAACUACUAAUUACAUAAUUCUCCUUUUCUAUUCCAACUUAUAAUUCCAUAUUUAAUUUGUAGCUCAUUUGCAUCCAAAAAAAAACUUUUCCAUAUUUCAUCAAACAUGGAUGCUCAAAAAAUUAUCUUCCUCUUUAUUUUCCUUGUUCCACUCUCGUCUGCUACUAGCAUCGUUGAUUUUUGUGUGGCGGAUUUUAAUUAUCCAGGUGGACCAGCAGGAUAUGCUUGCAGAAAUCCUGCAAAUCUGACAGCAGAUGACUUUGUUUACUCUGGUUUAGGCGUUGCAGGUAACACGUCAAAUAUAUUCAAUGCUAGUGCAUUUCUAGCAGUCGAUAUUACUUUCCCUGCCUUGAACGGUCUAGGCCUAUCCAUGGCACGGUUAGACUUCGGUGUAGGUGGAGUUAUUCCAAUUCACGCACACAGGGUAUCAGAAGUUAUCCUCGUUAUCGAGGGUACAAUAAUUGCUGGAUUUAUUGGUUCAGAUAACACCCCUUACUACAAGACAUUGAAUAAGGGAGAUAUUAUGAUCUUCCCUCAAUCGUUACUUCACUUCCAAGUUAACGUUGGCGAUUCGCCGGCUCUUGCCUUUGUUAGCUUGAAUAGUGCUAGUCCUGGUUUCCAAACGACGAGUUUUGCUCUAGGUGCAAAUGAUCUUCCUACUGAUAUAAUUCAAAAGAUCACUUUGUUGGAUGCUGCACAGAUCAGACAGUUGAAGACAGUCUUUGGCGGCACUAAUUAAGACUUCAAUGACAAAAAUAAAUAAUAAAAAUGCAAUUAAUAAUAAUGGAUUUCAAUUUUUAUGUUUUAAAUAAAUAAUCUCAAUUUAUUUAUAUUAAUUUUGUAUACCAAGAUUACCAACGUACAUGAACGUUGCCCAUGUAAAAUUGAAUAAGGUGUACUCCCUUUUUAUUUUAUUAUUAUAUUAAACCAGCUUCAAGUUUUUUA